UCUCUCUCUCUCUCUCUUCUAGCCCUUGCUUCUCUUCCGCUAAAGCGAAUGAAGGGCAGGUCAUUCGGCAGAAAGCCCCGGGAAUAGACUCGAUUGACAAAAGCAAAAUCCGCUGUGUUCGUCUAAAUUUCAUUAAUCUCUGACGCACUGAUUCAUUCGAAACGCGCGACCCCGCCGAUCAGGGGGAUUCAACUUUUCAACCACGGUGCUCUCGUACAUCUCGCCCAUGAUUUGCGAAAGUAACUUGCGAGCGUAACUUGGGGCAGGCGGCAAAUACCCGCCUUCGUGUAUAAAUUUAAAGUGGAAUUAAUCGAGAGAUAUUUAUAGAUGCGCUGAUUAUCAAGCUGCGAGCAUGAGCGACAACGUUCCGGCAGGGGAUCGCGAUCGCGUCAAAGUCGCGAGAGCGCUCAUGAGAUAAUGAGAAAUGGAAUGUCACACAACGCGCAAUAUCGCCGUUCGAUCAAUGCGCGCAUUUACAUCGGUAUAAUAUCGGUAUCGUCAAAUACACUCGAAUACACCUCCGAUCGAACACACACCUCGGUGUGACUCGGUGUCGCGUUAUUGGAGAGCUAUCGAGAGUAUGUAUCGUCUGCGAAAUUACACGGAUAUCUUUCGCCGGUUCAACAUCACCGACGAGGACAUUGAUUACGUGAAGAACAGUUUCGGCUUCGACGACCUGACCGAUCGCAGUGGCAACAGAUUCGGCGGGAGCCGCGGCGGAGGUCAAAUCACCGGGGCCUGUGGAACGGUACCGGACGCGGUACGCUUAGGCAAUAGAAGCAGCCGAAUCGCAACGGUGCAGCCGACAACCUCCUGUUACUGCGACGGUGUGAUUCGCGAUCUAGCGGCGCAGUACAAAAAUUAUCACGGCUACGCCGCUCUCAUGGUGUGCUCCUUCGGCACGUUCACCAAUGUGCUCAACAUCAUUGUCCUCACGAGGAAGGACACCAAGGUGGCGCCUAUAAAUCGCAUCCUGACGGGGCUCGCGACGGCGGAUAUGUUAGUGAUGCUGGAAUACAUACCCUUCGCGAUUUACAAGUAUCUCGUGCUACCGCAGCGCAGGAUAUUUCCGUACGGUUGGGCGAUGUUCGUGCUGUUUCACAUGCAUUUCACGCAGCUUCUUCACACGAUCAGUAUCGCCCUCACGCUCACUUUGGCUGUUUGGAGGUACAUCGCUAUUAGGUUUCCACGGUAUAAUCACACUUGGUGUACCGGAAGACGUUGCACGAUUGCUCUCUCCUGCAGUUUCCUCGCUCCGUUUCUCGCCUGUGCGCCCAGUUACUUCGUGUUUGGAAUAAAGGCGCAGACCGUGUACGAGAACGGUACUACGGAGAUAUUGUAUCACGUAGACGUUAAUUAUUCCGUCGACAAAGGCUUCAUGUAUCAAUUGAAUUUUUGGAUACUCGGCGUGAUCGUUAAGCUUCUGCCGUGCGUCCUACUCACCGUCAUAAUCUGUUGGUUAAUAAAAGCUCUUUACAGGGCGAAGGAUAGAAAAGAGAUUCUGAAAAACUACAGUCAUUGCGUCACGAAGGCCAGAAAAUCGAAGGCCUCAUCGACGUCGAGAAACUCCAACUUUGAGAAUCAUGACUUGUUCGAUACUAAGAGGGACGGAUGCCCGCCAAGAAUAAGAAAACCUGACAAACGAACCGACAGAACAACAAGGAUGCUCGUGACGGUAUUGCUGUUGUUUCUCGUAACGGAGAUCCCCCAAGGCAUCCUGGGUCUGCUCUCCGCCGUUCUGGGCGAUUGUUUCUUCCGUAAUUGUUACCACAAGUUUGGAGAGCUGAUGGACAUUUUGGCGCUGCUGAACGGUAGCAUCAACUUUAUCUUGUAUUGCUCCAUGUCGCGGCAAUUUCGUAUGAUCUUUGGCCAGUUGUUCAAACCUCGCAUUAUGAAAAAGUGGUCAACGAUGAAUCAGCAACAAAUCGAAGUACAAAGUACGUAUGUUUAAUGUUAAAGAAAGAGAGAGAAAGAUUUUACAGAAAAAUUUUCUUUCCUUCCAUGUCUCUGCUUAAUCAUCCGCCGAUCGUCCGUGGCAUAUGGAGCUAUAUCGUUUAAACAAGCAAAAUAAUUGUACAUUGUGCAGUUAGUAAAAUCAGACUAAAGUUAAAGUAGACUCAUCCGCGAGAAUAAAUAGAGCAUUACAGACAGUUGGGAGUUUUCGUUUGCAUAAUACUGCAAUAACAUUAGCCCUCG